GGAGUGGGGGUGGGGAAUACAGAGUGAAAAGUGAAAUAAAUCAAUUGCUAAGCUCCAUUGAUGGCUGAAUCACUCAGACCUUUUCUUCCAAUGCAAGUCUGAAAAUAUACUCUCCUGUUCUCCAGAUCCACUCUGUUACUAUCCUUCUCUUGAAGUUCCAUUUUCUUUUCUCUUUUAGCUUCAGGGUAUAUAUAGUUUAAAUGGACCGCCGUAGUUGGCCAUGGAAGAAAAAAUCAUCUGAUAAAACAAUUGAGAAAAUAAUUUCCUCAUCAGAUUCUGCUGGUGCUUCCUUGGUUUCAGCUGGAUCUCCGGGGAAUCAGGAAAAUUCAAAGAAAGUAAAAUAUGUUCAACUAUCUGUGGAAUCAUAUACCCAUUUCACUGGAUUGGAGGAACAAGUUAAGGCAUUGGAGGAAGAGGUUAAGUUAUUGGAGGAUGAGGUUAAGGUAUCAGAGGAUAAAUUAAAGACAUUAAAUGAAGAUCUGACCUCAGCACAGUCAGAGAUGAUUACUAAGGAUAAUCUGGUCAAGCAGCAUGCAAAAGUUGCUGAAGAAGCUGUGUCAGGCUGGGAAAAAGCUGAAGCGGAAGCUUCCGCUUUGAAACAUCAACUCGAAUCUGUCACACUUCUGAAGCUUACUGCUGAAGAUCGAGCAUCCCAUCUGGAUGGUGCCCUCAAAGAAUGCAUGAGGCAAAUACGGAAUUUGAAGGAGGAGCAUGAACUGAAGUUGCAUGAGGUUGUUCUAACCAAAACCAAGCAAUGGGACAAGAUCAAGCACGAUUUUGAAGCAAAAAUAGGUGAUUUAAAGCAAGAACUCCUUAGAUCAUCUGGUGAAAAUGCUGCACUUUCCAGGUCGUUGCAAGAACGUUCCAACAUGCUAAUGAAGGUCAGUGAAGAAAAAUCCCAAGCUGAGGCUGAGAUUGAACUUUUAAAGACCAAUAUUCAAUCUUGUGAAAAGGAGAUAAACUCAUUUAAGUAUGAGCUCCAUAUAGUUUCAAAGGAGCUUGAAAUCCGCAAUGAAGAAAAGAACAUGAGUAUGAGGUCUGCUGAAGUGGCCACCAAACAGAAUUUGGAGGGUGUUAAGAAGAUAGCCAAGUUGGAAGCAGAGUGCCAGAGGCUACGUGGCCUUGUUAGGAAAAAGUUGCCUGGGCCCGCUGCAUUGGCCCAAAUGAAGCAUGAAGUUGAGAACUUAGGCCGGGAUUAUGGAGAAAUUCGACCACGGAGGUCUCCUGUUAGGAGUCCUAGCCCACAUUUGGCUCCACUACCUGAAUUUUCUCUUGACAAUGUUCAGCAGUUCCAUAAAGAGACUGAGUUUCUCACUGCACGUUUGUUGGCAAUGGAAGAAGAAACAAAUAUGUUGAAAGAGGCUUUGGCUAAGCGAAACAGUGAAUUGCAAACUUCAAGAAACAUGUGUGCUAAAACAGCUAGUAUGCUUCGAAGCCUAGAAGCACAAAUGCAGGCACUGAAUCUACAAAAAAGCUCUCCAAAAUCGACUACUGAUAUGCCUAUUGAAGGUUCCUCAAGCCAAAGUGCAAGCAAUCCUCCAAGCUUGACUUCCAUGUCUGAAGAUGGAAUCGAUGAGGAUGGAAGUGUUGUUGAGUCCUGGGCUACAGCUUUGAUCUCGGAGCUCUCUCAAUUCAAGAAGGAAAGGGAUGCCGAGAAAGUUAUCAAGGCUGAUAAUCCAAAACACUUGGAACUUAUGGAUGACUUCCUGGAGAUGGAGAGAAUGGCGUGUUUAUCAGCUGAACCAAAUGGUGCCAUCUCCACUUCAGCUGGUUUAACCAAUAAAGUAACUGAAAAUGGAGACCAUAGUGCUUUGGCUGAUGUCACAAAAGGAGAACAGCAAACUAGCUUGGACCCAUCAGUGAAUCAGGUUUCCUCUAAUGUGGAGCUUGAAUCUGACACAGACCAAGUGCCAUUGUUGAAGCUCAGAUCAAGAAUUUCAAUGGUAUUUGAGUCUCAAGCUAAGGAUGCUAAUGUGGAGAAAGUCUUAGAGGACAUUAAACAUGUUGUACUCAAUUUACAAGAUUCUCUGCUUCAGAACUCAGUAAGCUCUACCGUCGAGGAGAAUAAGAAUUGUGAAGACAAUGUACAUACCAUAGACCAGGAACUGGCAGCUGCUAUUUCUCAGAUUCAUGAUUUUGUGGUAUCACUGGGCAAAGAAGCUAUGGCAAUGCAGGACAGGUAUCCUGAUGGACAUGGAUUAAAUAAAAAGGUUGAAGAGUUCUCUGCCUCUGUCAGCAAAAUUCUGUGCAGCAAAAUGAGUUUGGUUGACUUUGUUUUUGACCUUUCUCAUGUCCUGGCCAAAGCUGGUGAACUCAGCUUCAAUGUCCUGGGUUAUAAGGGAAAUGAAGGGGAAACCAGCAUGUCUGAUUGCAUAGAUAAAGUAGCAUUACCAGAAAAUAAGGUUGUCCAGGAUGAUCUUGCAAGCGAGAAAUUUCCCAAUGGUGGUGCCCAUAUUUCUCACUCUACUUCUGAUCCUGAAGUUCUUCAGGAUGGAAGUCCAAUUCCAGGCUUUGAAUUGAAUUCGAAGUCAUGCAAAUGCUCAUUGGAGGAACUGGAACAACUGAAAUCAGACAAACAUAACAUGGAAAUGGAUUUAACUAGGUGCACUGAAGAGCUGGAAAGUACAAAGUCUCAGUUACAGGAAACCGAGCAACUUAUGGAAGAGCUAAGAACACAAUUGGCAUCUUCUCAAAAAUCAAACAGCUUAGCAGAUACACAGCUGAAAUGUAUGGCAGAAUCUUACAAGUCACUUGAAAUGCGUUCACAGGAGUUAGAAGCUGAAGUCAACCUUCUACGCACAAAAACUGAGGCUUUAGAUGAUGAACUUCAGGAAGAAAAGAGAAGUCAUCAAAAUGCUCUAGACAAAUGCAAUGAUCUUCAAGAGCAAAUAAAAAGGAGUGAGAGCUGUUCGAAGUGUUUAUCAUCUUCCGCUGCUGAUGUAGUAGACACUGAGAUCAAACAGGAGAGAGAGAUAGCAGCUGCAGCAGAGAAGCUCGCAGAGUGCCAGGAGACCAUUUUUCUUCUCAGUAGGCAGUUGAAAUCUUUGCGUCCUCCAACAGAGCUCAUGGGAUCCCCACAAAAUGAGAUGCAUCAAAAGGGUGGGAGUUCCAUAGUAGAUGAGCCAACUCCUAGUGGAUUGAACCCAGAAAGCAUCCCCACUUCAAAAGACUUUGAUCAGGCUGAGAUGGAGACUGCUGCUUCAAAUUUUACGGGAGUGGGUGGUGAGUCCCCCUCAGAUGCAUUCAACUCUUCCAGUUAUCCAUCUGACACUGAAGCAAACAUGCUCUUGAGAUCCCCAGUCAAUUCAACACAUCCGAGACACCGGCCCACAAGAUCAGGCUCCUGUACUACUUCUUUGGCCGCAACUCCUGAGAAGCAUUCACGGGGUUUUAGCAGGUUCUUUUCAUCCAAAACAAAGAAUGGACACUAGAUUUUGGCUUUCAAAUUUCAACAGCAGUCGAUAACCGAAUUAAUUGGUUAUUAUGGUAAACAUGGAGGUGGACGUUUUGUAGAUGAGCGACUGAAGAGUUUCUGGACCAGCCAAUUUCUAUUUUUAUGGAGGAGCAUGUUGAAAAAGGAAAGGAUGACCUGGUCCUUGGUUUGAUAGCUUAAUGAUGAAGAUAUAUGGAGAAUUGGAGUGAACAGGAUUAUUCAAAUUUCGCUGUUGCAUGAGAUGAUCAACCUCUGGUACAGUUCAUACGUGUGUUCAAUGUACAGUCAUCUUGCAUGUAAAGUGUUCCCAUGGGAAACUGGAAAUGCAUCUCAUAGUUGUUUAAAAUCUUUUGAGUUUGGGUUUUGGAGACAAUAAUUCUUGUUAUUGGAAUAAUAUUUCAGUGA